CGAAGUGUUCUCUCAGCUGCGAGCUCGAUGGGCCGAUACGAAUCACGACUGCAGGAGGUGCUAGCUGGAGAACAGUGCUUGUGGCCUACCGGCAUCAAAAUCUUUCGUCGAACGAGCUUUGUCUACAUCGAGUUGCGGAUCAGCACUACGCUUCAGUGCGAGAAGGCUGUGUCGGCAUACUCUAGCCAGAGAACGCAUUGUUCACCGCGACUUCCAAUAUAAAAACCUACAAGCCCAGGAACUUGCUCUGUAGUCUGUAAGAGCAACCAAAUUCCUCACUCGGCGCAGUACACUUCAAAAUGGUUUACUCUACGAAGCUCCGGUCUAUUGCCGCCUCUGGCCUGCUCGUUAGCACUGCCGCCGCUGCUGGCUGCUCCGCACCAAAGGGUGGUGUUCUUGUUGUCGAUGUCGAAGAAGCCCUGGACUUGGCUUCCUGCAAAACCUUUGACGGGAGCAUCGCCAUUUCCAAGGAUGUCUGGGACUCGAUUAGCCUCGACGGCCUUGAGGAGAUUACUGGCAGUCUCUCCAUUGAGGAGGGUGCCGACACCCUGACCUACUUCUCCGCCAACUCUCUUACUUCCCUUGGCAGCCUCGGCCUGCAUGAGGCUCCCAUCCUCACUGGAUUCGAUUUGCCAUCGCUGAACAAAAUUGACUCGCUUAGCUUGUCUUCUCUGCCUCUACUCUGGGAUGUAGACUUCGGCGACAGCAUCGAGAAGUGCUCGUCUGUUGAAGUGCGCGACACGACCCUCACGAAGCUCGAGCUGGAUGUUGCUGAGCCCGACACAAUCAUAAUCGAGGAGAACGACUUCUUGUGGUCCGUCAGUGUGUCCUCCACCACUGUCAAUGAAGAGAUCUCGAUUGGAGCCAAUGGCAACGCCCUGGACAUCAGCUUCCCCCAGCUGGAGUCGGCUUCCAAGGUCACGAUGAGCAAUGCGUCGGCCUUGUCUUUCCCCGCUCUGACCAGCAUCGACUCUUUGGUCAUCAAGGACAGCUACAUUGUCGACGAGGGAUUUGACUUUUCUUUGCUUGAAACUAUUUCCGGCGACCUUGAGAUCAGCGGUGUUUGGGACUUGAGCUCGCUCUCGCUAUCCUCGCUGAAGAGUGUCGGUGGUGACCUCAAGGUUUGGGACAGCGGCUUCUCAAGCGUCAACUUCGAAAGCCUCGAGACUGUUGGUGGUGACAUGGAACUGAGUGGUGACAUUGAGGAAGUUUCCAUGGACGAGCUCAAGGAGGUCUUCGGAUCUUUCGAUGUCUCCGGCGCAUCCAACGCCCAGUUCGACUGCAGCGACUGGUCUUCCUUCGUCAAGGGCAAAAGCUCGUGCGACAAAGACAACAAAGACGAGCCCCCAGCGGAGGUUUCUGUCAGCGUCAGCCGCUCCACUCCGGUCGCAUCUAUUCCUACGGACAUCGCUUCCACCCCCGCCCUCUCUACUUCCGCCAUUUCCAUUCCCGCGACCCCUACACCUAUUGCUGCGACACCUGCUGCCACCACCCCCGGCCGCCCCGCUCCUGUCACUCCCCACUCUACGCCUGGUGCGGCCUUGACGCCGAAGCCGUUGGCCUCGACGCCUGUUGUCAUCUCUUUGCAGACGCCUAUUGUCGAGACUAUCACGAACUCCAAUGGCUCCGUUACGUUGACUACCGAGACCUGGGCAACCUCUACGCCUGGCGUUGGAUUCGGUACGCCUACUCCGACUCCUAGUAACCUGGUUCCGCCGUUCACAGGAGUCGCUGCCUCCGUCAGGCCAUUCGUUGGCAUGGUUGGUUUUAUUUUCGCUGUCGCAUUCCUCGGCCUUUUAUAAGGCGGCCUUGAGGUGACAUUUAUGUUAAUGAGUAUGAGUAAUCUUAAUGUACCUACAAACGUGUAGAUAGGGAAUAAUGAGCGGAUCUAGUGUUGCCAAUCCAUUUAGGGCGCUUCCUUUUGUCAUACACUUCUUCGGGACAAUGUAUAGCAAUAUAUUCGCU